AGAGGAUGUCUUCUAAUUGCAACUGGCGUUGAUGGAAACAGGCGGAUUUUCCCGCUUGCAUUUGCAUUAGUGGAAGGGGAGAACAGCUUAAGUUGGGCAUGGUUCUUUGACCAACUACACGAACACGUGACACAACGGGAAGAUAUUACGAUUAUAUCCGAUCGACAUGCGGGGAUUAGGAAUGCUGUUGGUGGUUUUCCCGACGAGUGGGGAUGGAGAUGGAGAUGGUGUAUUCGACACUGGCUCGCCAAUUUCCAGCACAAAUUUGGGAAGAAGAAAGACAUCAAAAAUCAACUUUGGAAUGCAGCGGUUGCACAUCAACCAAAAAAGUAUGAGCAGAAGAUGAAAACAAUUCGUCAGACCCACCGAGCUGGA